AUGGCGAUCAGAUUCACUGUUUCUUACUCCGGCUACGUGGCCCAAAACCUAGCCACCGCCUCCGGAAAAUCCAAUACAUGCCGAAUUUUUCACGAGGUUUUUUCUCGUCCUCGUAUAUUCCAGAAUCCCGACCGAGAUCCCGUCGCCGGGUACGGUCCGACAGCAACGACGAGUUCAAGAUCCAUCCCCUCUGCAUCCAUGAGCCCUACCCUUGAUGUGGGUGAUUGCAUAAUAGCCGAAAAGGUUUCAUACAUCUUUUGGAAGCCAGAAGUUUCAGAUAUUGUGAUCUUCAAGGCUCCUCCCAUUCUUCAGGAAUUUGGCUACAGUUCUGGUGAUGUAUUUAUAAAAAGAAUUGUAGCAAAGGCUGGAGAUUGGGUUGAGCUUCGUGAUGGUUCUUCUCAUCAAGGCACCGUUACAUCAAUGGAACCCAAUGAGGGUCUUUUUGUCCUCAAUUCCGAGACCUCCAAGAAAGGCAAGAUUAAGGUUGUUCACCUUGUUGAUGUUCCUGGCCACUCACGUUUGCGCCCUAAAUUGGACGAAUAUGUCCCUCGAGCAGCUGGCUUAGUAUUUGUUCUAGAUGCAGUGGAAUUCUUGCCCAAUUGUCGUGCUGUUUCAGAGUAUCUCUAUGACAUUUUAACAAAAUCGAGUGUUGUCAAGAGGAAAAUUCCACUUCUUAUCCUUUGCAACAAGGUGGAUAAAGUCACUGCACAUAUAAAAGAGUUCAUUCGAAAACAACUGGAGAAAGAAAUUGAUAAGCUUCGGACAUCAAGAAAAGCUGUAUCAGAUGCGGAUAUAUCUAAUGAAUUCACACUCGGAAUCCCUUGGGAACCCUUUUGAUUCUCUCACUGUGUAAACAAAGUCACUGUUGCUGAGGCUUCUGCAUUAACUGGUGAGAUUCAACCCUUGGAGCUCUUCAUUAGGCAACGUGUCAAGCCUUGA